AGGCCAUGGGAGAGCUCUGGCCCGGGAUUGCCUUCCUUCGCACCUUGGGCAAGCCUGUGGUGGCAACCUCAAGCCUGGAGUUCCCGGAUGUCCAGGAGGGCGGGUGGGUUUGGUUUUGAGCCCAUGGGGUUAAGUCACGUGGCCUGUGUGCUUCCUUAGCUAAAAGCUGUAACUGUGUUUGGAUUUCAUAUUUUUUUUCCUAUACCUUCUCUUUUCCUCAGGGUACUAAAUUGCCACUUGCUAUCAGGAGGAUGCUUUUCUUAGAAGCAAGGUCAAGUGCAGCUUUCUGGUGGAAGCAUUUUAAAGACUGUGCACACUGGUGACACGAGAAGGCCACUACGUGGGGGGCAAGGGGUGUACCUGGGUCACCUGGGUGAAGGCCGUGAAGGUGACCCCACCCCCCCGGCACUGUUCGUAUAGUUGUGCGUUGGGAGGACAGAUUGACUCACUUUGGAGCUGUAAGUACUGAUUAUAGGGUGCAGCGUUCAGUGUACAGUGACGCAGGAUCCCACAAUGAGUAUCCAAGAGCAGGGUUUCCCUUUGGACCUUGGAGCGAGUUUCACCGAAGAUGCCCCCCGACCCCCAGUGCCUGGAGAGGAGGGUGAACUGGUGUCCACAGACCCCAGGCCCGUCAGCCACAGCUUCUGCUCUGGGAAGGGUGCCGGGGUCAAAGGUGAGACUUCGGCAGCCACACCGAGGCGCUCAGACCUGGACCUGGGGUACGAGCCAGAGGGCAGCGCCUCCCCCACCCCACCGUACUUGAAGUGGGCCGAGUCGCUGCACUCGCUGCUGGACGAUCAGGAUGGGAUCAACCUGUUUCGGACUUUCCUGAAGCAGGAGGACUGUGCUGACCUGCUGGACUUCUGGUUCGCCUGCAGUGGCUUCCGGAAGCUGGAGCCCUGCGACUCGAAUGAAGAAAAGAGGCUGAAGCUGGCCAAAGCCAUUUACCGCAAAUACAUCCUCGACAGCAACGGCAUUGUGUCCCGGCGGACCAAGCCCGCCACCAAGAGCUUCAUAAAGGACUGCAUCACGAAGCAGCUGAUCGACCCUGCCAUGUUUGACCAGGCCCAGACGGAGAUCCAGUCCACCAUGGAGGAGAACACCUACCCCUCCUUCCUCAAGUCUGAUAUUUAUUUGGAAUAUACCAGGACAGGCUCGGAGAGCCCGAAGCUCUGUAGCGACCAGAGCUCUGGGUCCGGGACGGGGAAGGGCAUACCCGGGUACCUGCCCACGCUGAACGAAGAUGAGGAAUGGAAGUGCGAUCAGGACUUGCACGAAGACGGCGGCAGAGACCCUGCCCCCCCUGGCAGGCUCACGCAGAAGCUGCUUCUGGAGACGGCUGCCCCGCGGGCCUCCUCCAGUAGACGGUCCAGCGAAGGCAGAGAAUUCAGGUGCGGGUCCUGGCGGGAGCCUGUCAACCCCUACUACGUCAGCUCCGGCUACGCCCUCGCUCCGGCCACCAGUGCCAACGACAGUGAGCAGCAGAGCCUGUCCAGCGAUGCCGACAGCCUGUCCCUCACCGACAGCAGCGUGGAUGGAGUCCCGCCGUACAGGACCCGCAAGCAGCAUCGCCGGGAGAUGCAGGAGAGCGUCCAGGUCAACGGGCGGGUGCCUCUACCUCACAUUCCUCGCACGUACCGAAUGCCAAAGGAGGUCCGCGUGGAGCCCCAGAAGUUCGCCGCGGAGCUCAUCCACCGCCUGGAGGCCGUGCAGCGGACGCGGGAGGCCGAGGAGAAGCUGGAGGAGCGGCUGAAGCGCGUCCGGAUGGAGGAAGAAGGCGAGGACGGCGACGCGCCCUCCGGUCCCCCGGGGGCUGCUCACAAGCUGCCUCUGGCCACAGCCUGGCACCACUUCCCGCCCCGCUAUGCAGACGUGGGCUGCAUGGGGCUGCGGGACGCGCACGAGGAGAACCCCGAGAGCAUCCUGGACGAGCACGUGCAGCGCGUCAUGAGGACGCCGGGCUGCCAGUCGCCAGGACCCGGCCACCGCUCCCCUGACAGCGGGCACGUGCCCAAGAUGGUGGGGGUGCUGGGGGGCCUGCCCCCGGGGCACAGCAAGCACGCGCCCAAGUCCGGGGCGAAGCUGGAUGCGGCCGGCCCGCACGCACACAGGCACGGCCACCACCACGGUCACCACGGGGCAGCCAGGCCCAAGGAGCAGGCGGAGGCCGAGGCUGCCCGCCGCGUCCAGGGCAGCUUCGCUUGGGGCCCGGAGCUGCACGGCCACACGGCCAAGCCCCGCGGCCACUCAGAAAACGUGGGCGCCGCCCCCACUGCCGGCGACAGCCUGGCCUACAGCGGGAAGGCCGGCACCGCCUCCAGAAGAAACGCCAAGAAGGCUGAGUCAGGGAAGAGCGCGGGCGCCGAGGUGCCUGGCCCCUCGGAAGACGCGGAGAAGAACCAGAAGAUCAUGCAAUGGAUCAUCGAGGGGGAGAAGGAGAUCAGCCGGCACCGCAAGGCGGGCCACGGGUCUUCUGGUGCCAAGAAGCAGCAGGUGCACGAGAGCCCCAGGCCCCUGUCGGUCGAGCGCCCUGGAGCCGUGCACCCUUGGGUCAGCGCUCAGCUCCGCAACCCCGUCCAGCCCUCUCACCUCUUCAUUCAAGACCCCACCAUGCCACCCAACCCGGCCCCGAACCCUCUGACCCAGCUGGAGGAGGCCCGCAGGCGCCUGGAGGAGGAGGAGAAGCGAGCCAGCAAGUUACCCUCAAAGCAGAGGUAUGUGCAGGAGGUCAUCCAGCGGGGGCGCUCCUGUGCCAGGCCAGCGUGCACACCCGUGCUGAGCGUGGUGCCCGCCGUGUCCGACUUGGAGCUCUCCGAGACAGAGACGAAGUCGCAGAGGAAGGCGGGCAGCGGGAGUGCCCAGCCGUGUGACAGCAUCGUGGUGGCCUACUACUUCUGCGGGGAGCCCAUCCCCUACCGGACCCUGGUGCGGGGCCGGGCCGUCACCCUGGGCCAGUUCAAGGAGCUGCUGACCAAGAAGGGCAACUACAGAUACUACUUCAAGAAGGUGAGCGACGAGUUCGACUGCGGCGUGGUGUUCGAGGAGGUGCGGGAGGACGGGGCCGCGCUGCCGGUCUUCGAGGAGAAGAUCAUCGGCAAGGUGGAGAAGGUGGACUGAGCGGCGCGGCGCCUGGGGUCCGCCUGCCCCGCGGCCGCCCAGCCCUUCGCUCCGCCAGUGUCCACACGGGCCGGGGUUCCUCUGGGUGGCCCCACGGGCCCCCGCCGGCAGC